UGUGUGAAGAAGUGAGGAAAACGAAUGGCAAACUUCUCUCCGUCUCCCGUUGUCUGGACAAAAAUGAAUUUUCUUGUACAAAUUUGUCAUUAAAGCCGUAUAAAUCACUGUGCGAAAGAUAGUUUAAUUGAUAAGCUGUAGGUUGUGACCGAAAUGACGUUUUUGUGUGGAUUUCUGGAGUGAAAAUCAACGCGAGAAAAUCGGCUCGACGCGGCCAACAAAAGAAGACGGAAGAAAGUGCAAUGACUGUAAAGUGUUUGUGCUGCUAUAGAGAAUAUGUGUUUGAAUAUUGCAUGUAGAAGAUCAGAUAGUGGUUUGAACACGGUUGAAUUCCAUGGGAAACAAAGUGAACUUAACAGAUAAACUCAACAGUAGCACUGAGCAUCAAGUGCUUUAGUUAUUUUUGAAGUAAAUGUUCAGCGCACGCUGUCCAGCAUCACAGAAUAACGAAAAAGAAACACCAGAGCAGCUACCUGAAUUAAUUUACGGGGGUCUCGAAAAGCAGCGGUGGCCAUGGACGGCGUACGUGCGUUGGACAUACUGCCACUGCUGCAGGAACGUUUCGCGCUUCUUUCCGGUGGUCGAGACAAUCGAGGCGGACCAAUCAUUUGCUUUCCAGCCACUACGAAGCGAGAGCGUGUCAAGCCAGAAGACAUCAAACGAGUGAUCAGCUAUUUCAUCGGGAUUCCCAGCGAUGAGAGCAAAACACAUGGCUUCACGAUCAUCAUUGAUAUGCGUGGUAACAGUAACACGGCAGCUAGCGCUAAAAUGAUUCUCAAAGUGCUGCAGGAAAAUUUCGGCUCGGACAUCAUCCACCAGGCGGUAAUAAUCAAGCCAGAUAACUUCUGGCAGAAACAACGCUCGUCGAUAGCUAGCAGUAAAUACAAGUUUGAAACCACGACCAUUUCGAUUCAGUCUUUGAACAAAGUGGUUGAACCAUCGCAGUUGACUUCGGACUUCGAUGGUUUCCUGCACUACGACCACAAUGUGUGGAUGGAUCUGCGGGUUGCCUUCGAAGAUUUUCUCUGGCAAGCAAGUGACAUUCUGGAUCGGAUCGAUGAUCUGCAGGAGGACCUGCAGCAUCCGGAUUUUCCUGAAGAUGUCAACAGUGCCAAGCAUAGUAGCGAGAAUCACAACGAAAUGAAGCGGAAGAUUUUGAAGCUUCCCAUCGAAGAUCUUGAUUUGCAGGGACAAAAGCUUCUGGGCAAAUUUGCUUCUUACUCAAAUCGUAACGAUGAAAGCUGCCACUCAACGUCAUCGCCCUCGAAGUGUCACAAUCCGGAUAUUUCUUCUGCAUUGACGCAGAUAAUGCAGCAGUUGGAAACGGUUCGAAAAGCUCAACAGCAACUGUUGAACAUGUGGCAGCAUCGAAAGACUACGCUAGAUCAGUGUUUUCAGUUGCGCCUUUUCGAGGCCGACUGUGAAAAAAUGUUCGAUUACAUUCUUCGCAACCGGGAUGCUUUCCAGCAGACUUAUGUGGAGAUUGGUCACAACCACAAGCGGGCCGAAAAGUUGAAAGAGGAGCACGAGCACGUAGUAAUGACAUCGCGGAAUGUUUGUUUCAGCAGCAACAAUCGAAUAUUGGCAGUCGCCGGGAAGCUCAUUGAAAGUAAUCAUUAUGCGGCGCAACAUAUUCGCACGUUAGCCACCAGGUUAGAUAAAAUGGGAAGAGAUUUCAUAACCACGCUGGACGAACGAACAGCGGUGCUUUCGCUGUCGGUUGCCUUCCAUCACAAAGCUGAACAGUACACGGAAAGUGUCAGCAGUUGGGCAGCCGCAUGCGAAGCUACCAUUCCAACUCCCACGAACGUGGAAAGCUUGGAAACGGCGAUUCGAACCCAUCAGUCUCUUUAUGAAGCGAUGUGUCAAGCAUAUACUGAGGUUCACUCCACAAGUAAGAAACUCCUAUAUCAGCUGGAUCAUUUGGUGCAAGUUUGUAAUCAGCCGCCGGUUGUCAAAAAUGACAAUGCUCACUUCAAUGGAGGCAAUCCGGCGGCUGACUAUAGUGAAGGCGCAUCACAUGUGCUUGCCGUUAUCCAUCAAAUUCUUGGUCACCAUCGGGCGCUGGAAAGUAAAUGGCACGCCGGGAAGCUACGUUUGCAUCAAAAGUUGGCACUGCGCCUAUUUCAAGAGGACGUUAAACAAGUACUGGAUUGGUUACAGAACCACGGUGACGUGUUCCUGCGGAAGAAUCGAGGCAUAGGCAAGAGCCUACAGAAGGCUCGCAUAUAUCAAACAAGUCAUGAGCAUUUUGAAAAUGUAGCGCAGAACACUUAUCGUAAUGCGGAAAAAUUGCUGGCAGCUGCAGAGGAGUUGGCUCGUUCGGGAGAAGUGGCCCCGCAGGAGAUUUUCUCUGUAGUGAGAGAGCUGGAGACGAAUGUAGCGUCUUUUGCGGAACGUGUCGAGCAGAGACGAAGACGUCUCGAUUUGGCGGUGUUAUUCUAUACCAACGAGAAAGAGAUCUCCGCUUGGUUGGAGCAAUUGCAUGCGGAAAUGACAAAUGAAGAAUCAAUGGAGCUGGCUAAUGAACACCUAGAUGGUACUGAACGAAUGCUGGAGCAGUGUAAGGAGCAAGAAGAAAACACUAUCAAAACAUGCAUCCAGGCGAUCGCCCAGGGAGAAGCGCUUCUGCAAGAGCUCAGAGCGAUCGAAUCGGAAGACUCUUCUGGGUCGCUAACGGCCGUACAGAACGCACUGGAACGUAUUCAAAAAUAUCGUCUUGAAAUGGAGAACCUCUGGCAGGCUCGAAAAAUCAAGAUCGACAUGUUUCUGCGACUGAGAAUAUUCGAGCGAGAUGCUCUAGAAGUGUGCUCCCAACUUGAAAUGUGGGCGGAGGAACUCCAGCACACGGACGUUUCUCGGGAUUUCCAAAAAACGGAGCAGGUUCUUCGUUUGCAUAAUGAAUCGGUCAGCCAAAUGCAAACCACUACUUAUCAGAUCAUAAACACUGGCCAGGAACUUAUGCAGCUGUUCGAAUCGUCCGGUCUGCUGAUUAUGGCAGAUCCACACACAACCGCUCAAACGAGGGUUCAGUAUUUGCUGGAGUUUCUUCAUGAUCGUGAACUAGAUCUGGAAGAUUUGGCAGAAGCAAAACGCAUCAAGUUGGAACAGUCGAUGCAGUUGUGUCAUUUUCAAAAUGACGCAAAUCAGGUUAUUUCGUGGAUACGCAACGGCGAAUCAAUGUUGAUGGCGAACUUCUCCAUUCCAAAUAAUUUCCAAGAAGCGGAGCAGCUGCGGAAGGAACACGAACAGUUUCAGGUGGCAAUCGAACGUACACACACCUCCGCAGUGCAAGUCAAAUAUCGUGCCGAUGCUCUCAUGAAUGCAAACCAUUACGACCCACAGAGCAUUAAAGAUAUUGCGGAUGAGGUCACGAAAAAGUGGCAAAAACUAGUCACUUGUGCUGAGGAGCGACAUAAGCUCGUGACGGCUUCGUUGAACUUCUUCAAAACCGCCGAACAGGUGUGUAGUGUGUUGGAUAGUUUGGAGAAGGAAUACCGACGGGAGGAAGACUGGUGCGGGGGAGGUGGCUCCACCGACAAAGGGCAGCAAAUAGUUCAACUCAUUUCCAAACACCAAGAACAAAAAGAAGCAUUUUUGAAAGCAUGUACGCUGGCCAGAAGAACCGCUGAAACAUUCCUUAAAUAUGCAGCACGUUCGUUGCAAUUUUAUCACAUUAAAACCACUGUGAAUAGCGAGUCUCGGGUCAAAUCAAUCUUGGACAAACUGUUGACGCAGGAAACCCAGGUUCUGGAGUACUGGACACAAAGAAAAAAACGUUUGGAUCAAUGUCAACAGUUUGUGCUGUUUGAGCGAUCCGCAAAACAAGCCAUCGAAUGGAUUCACGAUACGGGUGAAGCUUAUUUAUCGUCCAGAAACAAUAAACUAUGUAAUAGUCGCGAGGAGACGGAAGCGCUCCUCAGGGAACACAAUGAAUUCAAGGGAACGGCUAAAGAGACACGUGAACGUGUCAAGUUGCUAAUUCAGUUGGCAGACUCUCUGGUAGAGAAGGGUCAUGCACAUGCCAGUUCGAUUAAGCAAUGGGUCGAAAUAGUAGACAAACGAUACAAAGACUUCAGUAGUCGGAUGGAACUGUACAGAACAAAUCUAGAAAAAUCGCUUGGCCUACCCGGAAUACAGCAACAAGAUGACAAUAAUAGUAGUAGUAGUAAUAGUAACAGCGGUAGCCUUAACUGCAAAUCCAUUUCAUCGUCGACAACUUCCGUUUCGACGACAUCGUCUAGCGGCGUAUCGUCUGCUUCGUCCACAGCCACGAAUACGUCGAUUCUUGAAUAUCGUCAUUCCGAUCCAUCAUUGGAAACGAAACUUAAUGCCGCCGCUGCUGUUUCUGGUUCAGUUGGUGUGCCCAAAGAAAUGAAUGAGGAGAAGCGUAAAUCAGCCCGGAAGAAAGAGUUCAUAAUGGCAGAACUGCUACAAACCGAGCGCACUUAUGUUAAAGAUCUCGAAACCUGCAUUAAUGUGUUUGUGAACGAACUGAAAAGUGGUGUUAACGUACCGCCUAGCCUUCUCGGUAAAGAACAUAUUCUGUUCAGUAACGUCGAAGAUAUCUUUCAAUUCCAUGACAAAAUCUUUCUCAGAGAGCUAGAAAAAUACGAAACUAUGCCUGAAGAUGUGGGCCAUUGCUUCGUAACAUGGGCAGCUAAGUUCGAUAUGUACGUUCACUACUGUCAAAAUAAACCCCAAUCUAAUGAUUACAUGGUCCAGUUUGGUGGAACCUACUUUGAGGAAGUUCAACGAAAACACAAAUUGGAACAUUCAUUACCCGCUUUUCUUAUUAAGCCAGUGCAACGAAUAACCAAAUAUCAGUUAUUGCUGAAAGAUCUCCAGUCGUGCUGUGACGAAGGUCGGGGCGAGAUAAAAGAUGGCCUCGAGGUGAUGUUGAAUGUGCCGAAAAAAGCCAACGAUGUGAUGCAUCUUUCGCUGCUCGAAGGUUGUGACAUUCCGAUCGAGAAUCUUGGCGAGGUUGUUUUGCAGGAUUCAUUUCUUGUGUGGGACAACAAGCAGAUUCUGAUCAAGAAAGGCCGCGAGCGUCACGUGUUCCUUUUUGAGCUGUACAUCCUGUUCUCAAAGGAAGUCAAGGAUACCAAUGGGACAGUCAAGUACAUCUAUAAAAGCAAACUUCUAACGUCUGAUUUCGGUGUCACGGAGCACAUUGAGGGCGAUGAAUGUAAAUUUGCAAUCUGGACAGGACGAGCGCCAAUGCUUUCCGAUUAUCGUAUAGUACUGAAAGCGAACAGCCUGGAAACGAAGCAAAUGUGGGUGAAACGAUUGCGAGAGGUAAUACAGGAGACUUAUUUCUCUGGCACAUCGUUCUCGCUGCUUAAGUCCCCGGCCAAGGUCAGUAGCAAGCAGUUAGGCCAACGUCUGUCCAAAGACAUCGACGAUACGUUGAAUGAUAACGACCAGGACGGAAGCUCGCUGGCUAGUUUCGGUUCUGGAAACACCACCGACAGCGAAAAGGGCGGCUUAACGGAAGUGACAUGGGUGAUAGCGGACUACGUCGCGACGCAAGGCACCUUGGAGCUGACAGUCUCCAAAGGUGCCCAGGUGGAGAUCGUGGAUAUGAACUGCGCUGGAGCGCCCGAUUUCUGUCUGGUGCGUUUGCCAAUCAACUCGACAGAUAGUCAAGAGGGUCUGGUUCCGAUAUCAGUGCUCAAACCGUUGCCGUCUUCUCACAGUAAAUUGAACAACAAACAGCGUGACGCUGAUGCGCUUGGAGAAGUACCACAGGAAAAUGACUGUAUUCUAUCAAAUCAGCACACGUCGCCGGUCAACAAACGGAAGGGCUUCAGUGGGAAAAAAUGGUUACCAACACAAUUCCGCAAGUUGUCCCAUGGCAAAUCAGACAAGUUGCCACCGGUAGAGAAAUCAUUCAUCAGUAAGAAGAAUUCCGACAAAAAGAACAAGGACAAACCCCUGGAAGAGGUGGAACCAUCGAUAACUACCUCGCAGAUCGAAUUGGAAGCCGAGGAGGAUCCCACGAUCGAGCUGCCACCACCUAUGAAACCGAUCCAAGAUGCAACCGCGACACUGAGCGGAACACCUGCGAACACCGAAGACCAGACAAGUACUAGUGCUAAGAUAACGAAAGCUUUAUCACUCAAAUCACUCGAUGAGCCACCUGCCGCCGUAAACCAAACGGCCGAUGUUGCGGAAAUUGAACGGAUAGUUAAGGAGAAAGUACAAAGUUUCAAGUAUCUGGAAAACGACGCUAUCACUUCAACCAAUAGUAUGGAUGAAGGAAGCAGUAGUGUGGUGAGUUGUUCAUUGGACAGUUCCGCCGUUGGAGUAUCGUCAUCAAGCAAUGGAGGAGAUAGCUUCAAUGCUAGCACAAUCGGAGGUUGUGGUUCGACAAUUUCGGUAAAGCCAGCCAUCUCGCCACAGUUUUCCGAAAACGAAAAUAACGAGGAGAAUCUGACCGAUGAGCAAGGCAUCGAGGAUAUUCUUCGAAAGCGGAUGUUUGCGUUGCGGGAGCUCGUUGCUACCGAAGAGGCUUAUGUGAACGAUCUUUCACAGAUCAUAAAUGGCUAUAUUGCCGAGAUUCGAAAUCCAAACAGCAUUGUGCCGAUCCCUGAGGAUCUGAAAGGAGGCAAAGAAAGGAUGGUAUUCGGGAAUAUAGAAGCAAUUCAUGAGUGGCAUCGAGAUUAUUUUUUGAAAUCGUUGCAAAAAUGUUUGCUGAGUCCACACGAACUCGGGCCACUGAUAAAGCGAAGCGAACGGAAACUACACAUGUACGUUGUUUAUUGCCAGAACAAACCGGUUUCUGAGCACAUUGUGCAGGAACAUCUAGCUUAUUUUGAUGAGUUACGCUUAAUGUUGAAAUAUAAAUUAUGUUUAGGAGAUAUGCUCAUAAAACCUGUCCAAAGAAUAAUGAAGUACGAAUUAUUGUUGAAAGAUAUCCUGAAGCAUACUCAGAGGGCCGGUUUGGCCGAAGAGAUACCAGGAUUAAAAGACGCAAUGCAUAUAAUGCGAGUAGUUCCUAAGGCAGCCAACGAUAUGAUGGAUGUAGGUCGGUUGCAAAAAUUCGAGGGUAAAAUAACGGCACAGGGUAAGCUGUUACUGCACGGCCCACUUUACUGUGUCGAAGGUGCCAGUAAUAGUGAUAAAAACUCAUACAACAGCCAGAAGUCAAAAGAGUUGCACGUGUUCUUAUUCGAGCAGAAUAUUAUCUUCGCUGAAAUCGUUGGCAAGAAGACGCAAUUUACUAGCCCGAACUACAUUUACAAAGCACAAAUACAGGUGAACAAGAUGACCUUACAAGAUCUAUCCGACCCGACCAAUGGUGAUCGGUUUUCGCUUUGCUCAAUCGAUCCGCAGCGCUCAAGUCUAAGCUAUAUCUGCACCGCCCCAACAGUCGAGCUGCACAGCGAAUGGCUCAACACGAUCCGCAACAUUUUGCAAACGCAGAAUGACUUUUUAAAAGCAAUACAAAGUCCUAUCGCCUAUCAGAAAGAGCUAACAAAGGACUCAUAAAAAGAACAAAACAAAAAAAAAUCCGAACGCAAACAUAAUAAGUAUCGCAUAGGGAAUGCAAGAAAUUCUAUAAUAUAAAUUAUUAAUAUAACACCUUUCAGAAGUUCUUGAGUCCCGAGGUAGUAGCGACGAGCGGCGAUACGAAGCAUAAUGCUCCGUAUCGACAGCAAUUAAUUUUAAGAACAAAACCAACAUGUUUUAGAUAAGUCAAUAAUUAUGAAUAAUUUGAAUUAUGAAUACCAAAAUAUUCGUUGAAUGGCAGUCAAACGCAGAAUGCACAGAUUAAAAAAAAAUAUUCAAUUGUGAAAGUGAUCAAAAUAUAAAAUAAAUCGAUAACAAAAUAUUAACGCUUACCGAAUAUGGUUUGUGAAGAUAUUAACACAAAAGUAAAUUGAAGAUAGAGAAAAUCACACUGAAAUCAUAAAUGAAGAAAUAACAUAGGACAACCGCAGUUCGAAUAUUUAGAAAAAACAAAAUACAACAACACUAUCAAAAAAAUGGGUAACAAAAUAUAUUUUGUUAACACGAUUAUAUAGUGCAUGAUAAAAAAACGAACAAAAAGAAAACAGAUGAAAAACGAAAAUAAAGUUGCAAAAAAGGGGCACGCAAAAAUCAACCUGGUUAUCACAAACGGGUAAUAUACCGGUUGAAAAUGCAUAAAUUAAAGUGACCGGUAAAUAUUCAACAAUGCUAAUGAUUGCGAUAUGCGAUAGAGAACAAAUAUUUUUCGAUGAUUUUGAAUCAGAAAUUUUGGAUUUUGUCCAUUACUUUUACGACAGUCAUAUGUCAGUUUUCUGAGCAAUUGACACAGCAUAUUUUUUCACACCAUUUCCUUAGCGAUAUCAACACCUAAAUAAUAAUAAAAAGACUUUUUUUCAAUGCAUAAUGGGUUAUUUACUUGAGGUUCUUCACGACUGGUGGAACAUUCAAUGGUACAUCGUAAUGCAGAAAAAAGUGAAUAAUAAUUUCCUCUUAACAAAUUGUCAGAGCAAAAGGAUACGUUUAUGACCUGUUUGUUUUGUGCGUUUUAUUUACUUGAAAAGUACUUCGCAUGUUUGUAUAUACGAUGCGCUCACCAUCGUCAGAUACUCUCGAGUCCCGCAUCGGUAUUCGGAUUUGUGUUGAACUCUAUUCCCCUGUAUUUUCCAUUUUCCAACUCCACGUCCAGGCAAUGUCCCUCUCUUCACCAGAUAGAUAUCUGCUUCAAAAAAUCCAAUAAUUUUACGUUAACAUGUUCUUCUCAGCGGCCUAACUGGUAACUAAUGAUUUACUCCAAACUAUGUUGGAAAACUAAUUUUCUCAUGGAAUAAUAAACAAACAUUUCACCAAGUUCUUACAAUUCCAAACCAUUUCAGCAAGAUAUUCAGCAAAACUACGACUCACUCUAUGCCUAUAAAUAUGACGUAGAUUCUAAAAGUAACGCAAUUCAACAGAUUACCACCGAGAGUUUUUUUUAUUCAAACAGAAAGUGUUUUCCCUCAAAAACUUAUGCAUGUAACAAAGGUCCACUCAACCUGAUUUUGUAUAUACAUACGCCAAACUCUAGAAUCCAUUUCAUUAGAAUUGAUUCUACAACUUAUUAUACAGCUUCCAAAUUACGCUUCAUCUUUCUUUGAACUGUGAUUGUCAAUGGGAACGAUUGCUUUCUUUCUACCUUUCAUCGAGAAUUUUAUUGAGGUUAAAAUCGAUAUCCAGAUAGCUCAACUCUCUCUGUGAAUAUUUCGGUAAUACUGGCCAGAACAACAAAGUUGUUCCACCUGUAAUUCAUUUUUUUAUGGAUUCAUCGUGUAUGAAGAGCAAAACCAAAACACUACAGGAAAAUUCCAUGAAAAAUAAAACGGAAAUGAGAAAAUCAAUAUUAUUCACAGAUAACUCUGUAAAAGUUUGUGUGAUAGUAUUUACUAGUAACAUGUUAUGUUUAAUUUAUGAAUUUAUCUUAAUUAUAAAAUACAAUUAUCUAAUUCUCUAUUUGAAUACAAAUCGAGCCGAUUCGAAAACCUGGAAGUCAUGGACAGUAUCGUGACAUUAAAAAAAAUAAGUGAAAGAAUAAAAAAAUUGAUGAAAACAA